AUGGUUUUGAGUCAAAAGGUACCGAACGCAUUUUUUAAUGUAUGGUUUUAUCGACUACUGACCAUGAAAACUUGUCUCAAUCCAUUACCAAAAGAAUGUAAAGAUUUUAUCGAACAAAUUUUUACCAUUGGUCUUGAUUUUCUUCUUAUCACUUUGGAUAGAAGCCCCGAAGACAUGACGCCUUCCAAUUCAGUUGAUAACAUUUAUAUUGAAUUGAGUAGACGUGAAGAAAACGCUUACCUUGAGAUGUCUCAAAACUCCUUCUCAUCUUCAAACGACUCGAUGGAUAUUGAUACUGAAUCCGAUAAUCUAUCGAUUUUAGGAUUAAUUCAGACCGCUCCUAAUCAUGAUGGCGUAGAUUUGGGUGCGCUGAUCGUAUCUGAGGAUGUUCUGAGAGCUCAACUUCGUGCAGGACUUUGGGUUCGGAACGGUUUCAGAUUUAGAGUACAAGGACUACAUUAUCGAGAAUAUAGUCUAAGAGAGACCACGUUCAAUCAAGAUAUUUAUUAG